AUGGAAAUUACUGGACGACCGUGAUUAUCGGGGACUUGCGACUAGAAGAAUAUGGAGCUGAGCCAGGGACCGAGACUCGCCUGCAGCUUUCUGCUGAAGAUGCGUAUGGGACAUAAAUCGAGAACAGCAGAUGCAGAUCAGAUUUCGAGCGGUUUUUCUCCAUCACUUGUGCAUUCGACUUCCGUCAGUACAACAACGAGUCGCCUGUCAUGUGCAAUCUCAUCGAGAACGAACACUUCGAAUUCAGUGCUGUGCGUCGUCGCUUGAUCAAAUCCAAUGUCUCAGCUGUAUGGCCCCAGUAUGGGGUAUGUGGAUCGGAG